AUGAUUGAAGGAGUAAUAAAGACCUCACCGACCUGCACGGUCUCUGAAGACAAUACGAUUGCUCUAUCCAUUGAUACCCGUCUAGCUAAACCCAUUCGGGGACGGUCUAGCACCACGUCGCGAUGGAGUAAGAGCAAUCGCAACGGGUUCCUCGACAAUUUACAAGAAGCGUACGAGAUCGCAGCGAACAGUAGAUUAACUCAAUUUAUGUUUGAGACGAAAGAAGAAGGUUUCGAUAGCUGGGAUGAAGAAGCGUUGAACCGUUCUUGGGCUUUUGAUGUCGAUUCGAUCGUCCGAGCUGGUAUAGAUCAUCUACAGAGCCAAAAUAACAUGACGACUGGAUUCGAAUGA